AUGUUUACUGGCGAGAGGCAAGCGUCGAGGCUGAGAGCACUGUAUCUCAGAUCUGUGCUCCGCCAGAACGUUUCUUUUCUUGACAACGAGCUUUCAGCAACUUACAUUGUCAACUGCGUAUCGGACGAUACGCUCCUGGUGCAAGAGGCAAUUAGCGAGAAGACUGGCAACUUCAUCCGGAACGUUGUCCAGUUUGUGGGAGGAUAUUUGGUUGGAUUUACGCAGUCUUGGAAGCUGGCAAUCGCUAUACUGCCUUUCACGCCGCUGCUCAUUCUGCCAGGGGUGUUUUACGGGAGCGCCAUCUUGAAGUUUGAGAAUGAGAAGCAGGCCACGUACAGUAAAGCAGGGAACAUGGCGGAGCAAACGAUCGCGUGCAUUCGUACUGUGUACUCACUUGUCGCGGAGACCAAGUCCCUUCGAGCUUAUUCUCUUGCUCUCGAGGAAACCGUUGCAUCUGGUUUAAAGCAGGGACUUAUCAAGGGGCUGGUACUCGGUUCCAACGGCAUCAGCUUCGUUUUAUGGGCCUUCAUGGCCUGGUUUGGAAGUGUGCUUGUCAUGCACGGCGAAGCUAAUGGUGCUGAGAUUAUCACUACCGGUUUGGCUCUGCUUAACGGAGGAAGAGCUCUUGGUUUUGCCAUGUCCAAUCUUGGCGUUUUUGUUGAAGGACGCAUGGCGGCAUGGAGAAUGUUUCACAUCAUUAGGCGGAUUCCACCCAUCGACGUCGAUAAAUCUGACGGGAAAGCAAUGCAAUCUGUUCAAGGGCACAUCAGACUGGAGGAAGUGGUAUACGGCUAUCAGACAAGAGCUGACACACCCGUUCUUACCAGUUUCACACUGGACAUACCCGCCGGUAAAACCACCGCUUUAGUUGGCAGAAGUGGCUCCGGAAAAUCUACUGUUAUUUCUCUGCUGGAACGGUUUUACGAUCCUUCAGCUGGUAGAAUUCUUUUUGAUGGAGUAGACAUUAAGGAGCUUGACCUCAAUUGGUAUCGGCACCAGAUUGGUCUUGUGAGCCAGGAGCCCGCGUUGUUUGCGACAACAAUAAGGGAAAACAUAUUAUACGGAAAGGAAGAUGCCAGCGAUGACGAGGUCUACAGAGCUGCUCACACAGCAAAUGCACAUAGUUUUAUUGUCAGGCUUCCCGAAGGCUACGACAAUCUGGUUGGCGAACGAGGACUAAAAAUGUCCGGAGGUGAAAAGCAAAGAAUUGCCUUAGCCAGGGCGAUAAUAAAGGAACCACGUAUCCUUCUGCUGGAUGAGCCUACCAGUGCUUUAGACAUGAAGUCAGAAACAGCAGUUCUGGCUGCUUUAGAGAAGGCAAGGCUUGGACGCACGACGCUUAUAGUCGCGCACAGGAUUUCUACGAUCCGGAACGCAGAUGCAGUUGCUGUUUUAGAGUCGGGAAGGAUAGUAGAGACUGGAAGACACGAAGAGUUAAUGGCAGUGGGGAAGGCGUACAGGGCUCUUGUUUCUUUGGAAACGCCUCGCAGUGCUCUGCUAGGCGGAGAAGAUGCGGUGCAUGCAAGUCCUGAGAAUGCACAGUCGUCACAUUCAGCACCAAUUAUCGCAGCCCAGAAUGGUCAAGAUUCAGUUCUUUAUCCCUCAAGGCGGAUCAGGCCAUCGUUUUUCCAGCUUUUGAGUUUAGCAACACCGGAAUGGAAGCAGGGAGUGUUGGGACUCGCCGGUGCUCUUGGUUUUGGCGUUGUGCAUCCAAUGUACGCCUUUUUGCUGGGAUGCAUGGUUUCCGUAUACUACCUGAACGAUCACGAAGAGAUGCGGAAACGGAUCAACCUCUACUGCGUCAUCUUUCCUGCGAUGAUGGCUGCGUCCUUUCUCGUGAACCUCGAGCAGCACUGUAACCUGGCAGCUGUUGGCGAGCAUUUGUCAAAGAGGCUGCGUGAGGCGAUGCUGGCGGCGAUCCUGAAGUUCGACGUUGGAUGGUUCGACAGGGAUGAAAACAGCAGCAGUGCAGUUUGUACACGCUUGUCCUACGACGCAAACGUGGUAAGUCUUCGUGUUUUCCGUGGAUAUGUAACUAAGGAAUCUCUUAUCUACACAGGGUGGCAUGUCAUAUCGCCGUUUUUGUGCUUACAGAUUCGAGCUCUUAUCACCGACCGUAUCUCACUCCUCGUUCAGACGGGUAGCGCAGUAAUUGUGAGUUUCACCAUCGGACUGGUUGUUAACUGGAGGCUGGGAAUACUCAUGAUCGGGACUCAACCUCUGUUCGUCUUCUGCUACUACAUCAAACUGGUAUGUCUGAAAGGCUUUACGCACAAGUCUGCAAAGGCACACACCGAGGCAAGCCAGUUAGCUUGCGAAGCGAUAAGUCAGCACAGGACAAUCACAGCUUUUUGUUCUCAAGGCAGAGUUCUGGCAAUGCUCCAAUCCAGGCUAGAUGCGUCGGUUACAGAUCUGAAGAAGCGGUCUCACACUGCUGGAUUGGGCCUGGGAGUUGCACACUUCGUUUUGUACGCAUCAUGGGGCCUUCAGUUCUGGUAUGCGGGCGUGCUUGUCAGCAAGAGAAAGAUCAGCUAUCAGGACGUGUUCAAGAUAUUUUUCGUGUUCCUGAGCACGGGACGUGUGGUGGCAGAGGCACUUGGCCUGACGCCCGACCUCGCCAAAGGUGCUGCCAGCAUUGAUUCGGUAUUUGGGAUCCUCUGUCAGAAGGGAAAGAUAAAUGCGAACGAUCCAGAAGCUACUCCUCCGGGGAAAGUUACGGGAGAGAUCGAAGCAUGCAACGUGUUCUUCGCUUAUCCAACAAGACCGGACGUUGUAGUUCUGAGAGGCUUGAAUCUACACGUUCCAGGUGGUACUUCUAUGGCACUGGUUGGUCACAGUGGCUCGGGGAAGUCCACGGUCGUCGCGCUCAUCGAGAGGUUCUACGACCCUCUAAGCGGCGUGGUGAAAAUCGAUGGGAAGGACAUCAAAAAGCUUGAACUUUACUCGCUGAGGAGACAGAUCGGUCUUGUGAGCCAGGAGCCAUGCUUGUUUUCGGCAACCAUACAUGAAAACAUCGCUUAUGGACGUGAAAGCGAAUGCACCGAAGCGGAAGUAAUCCAAGCCAGUCGCAUUGCUAAUGCACACAAUUUCAUCAGUGCACUGCCGGAGGGGUAUAAGACGCAUUCUGGCCGGAAGGGAAUCCGUCUCUCUGGCGGUCAGAAGCAGCGAAUUGCAAUAGCUCGAGCGGUCUUGAAGAGCCCACAGAUUUUACUGCUGGACGAAGCCACCAGUGCUUUGGAUCUAGAGUCGGAGCACCUCGUUCAGGAUGCGCUGGAGACAAUGGCCGGAAGAACGACGCUCGUGAUCGCUCACAGGCUCUCUACGGUUAGGAACUGCGACUGCAUCUCGGUAAUGCACAGUGGAGCUGUGGUCGAGCAGGGAACACAUGAGGAACUAAUGUCGAUGUCUGGUACGUAUUUUUCUCUAGUUCAUUUGCAAGAAGCUGGCUGCAGUGGCACAAAGUGCUCCUAAGUUUACAGCUUUUCUGGUCAUUUUCUUGUCGAAGUCAGAGGCAUAGACAAUGUAUAAAUGUAAA